AUGACUGAACAGAUUGCUCGGAACACGGACAAGUUGAACAAAGCCAACCGGGUUUUGGAAUCUCAGGAGAGGAAGCUGGCUGCCGCUCUUCGAGUCUUCAUGUAUCGGCGUCCAGUGCACUUUAGGCAGAUGUUCCUGGCCUUGUUUCGAAAGUAUCUAAGCUUUUUGACUCAGAUGGGGAAAGAAAGUAAAAAGACCUUGGAACUGAUCAAGGCUGAUCUCCACGUGGGCUGCCAAGCUCAGAUCGUUGGCUUGCAGAAGUCUAUCGAGCUUAACGGCCAGCUGGCAACCGUCGUGGACGAAGAAGAAGGCACCAGUGGAGCCAGGCUGCUGGUGGAGCUACAGGAUGGUGAGCAGAAGUCUGUGCGAAUCGAGAACCUUUGCCCUGCCGAUGCCCUCCGUCUUGAGUCACCAGCUAGCGGCUCCGUGGCCGCCUUGGCGGCUGCACCAGCGGCCGACGUGGCAGCGUCGACGGAGGAGAGUCCCAGGCGACGGCUAAGAUUGGAUCCUCCCAGAGUGCCGUGCUCCGGAGGCGAAGUGGAGGUGGAGGUGGAGAAUUUGGCGGGCUCAAUCAGUGAAGUCUUGGUGAAUGGAUCCUUGGCAACUUCAAUCGAUUUGAAAUACGUGGGGGCAGAAGAUAGCGCAAAGCUGGUUGGUCACCAUCCUCAGCCCAGGAGCCCAGGAGCUUGUGACGUUGAAGUGCGAAGUGCCUCCUGGCACCGCCAUGUGGUCAGAGAACCAGCCCUGAACUAUUUCCCCCUCAUGUCCUUCAUCGCUUGGGGCCCCAACAUUGACGCGACCAGCAGCCGGCCGGGUCGACCCAGCGAUGUGGCCACGCGACGAAAGGGCCUCAUCAGCGCGGUGGCGGUGACCUCGGAGCUGAAGCCCCUGCCGGUUGCCCCAGCUGGCGAUUCAGGCCACUCUCAGCGCUUCUACUUCGAAGUGGAGGUAGAAUCCUUGGCAGAAAAGCGAACGAACCGGACCUUGGCACUAGGCUUUGUCUGGCAGCUACCACAUGCAACUUGGAGAUGUUCUUGCACGUUCAGAGCAAAACCGACGAUUCGUCCGCCGUUUCCUGUAUUUGUUCGGUAUUUGAAAGAACUGCUCUAUACAUCUCAUUUGCCCUAG